GUAAGUAAUCACAGCUGGGUUUCACUUGUCGUGCGUGCGUUCUUCACUUUUGUGCCGCCGCCUGCCGCCGCCUAUCUGCCCGGCAGCGUCGCACAGGGGGCGCCUCUCCUUCUCCCGCCCUGCGGAUCGCUCCGUCGCACACGAGCCGCCUCUCCUUCCCCCUCCCAUCGGUCGCCGUUGCCUGAGUCGCACUUGGGCGGCCGCUCCGUCUCCCGCCCUGCGGUCGCCGCCGCAAGAUCUUGGACGGCCCCCAAGAUCUUCAACGGCGCAGCCGGGCCGCGCCGCCCGGCGGCCCUCUCUCUCUGUCGCAGGAUCUUCUGACGGCGCCCGAGAUCGGUUCCUCCGCGCGUCGUGAUUGAGAUCCCUCGCAUAGAUAUCGGCAUGGCUGGUGAAGGCAUCUCGAUAGAUGAAUUUAUGGAGUACGACUCGAUGGUCAGGCAGACAUUUAAAAGUGAGAACGAAGCGUACAAGUUCUACUUAGCGUAUGCGAAGAGCAAAGGGUUUGGUGUUAGAAAGGGCAAUCUGAAAUAUAAGGGAAAUAAGGAGGCUGUUGUCAACUCCCAAAAGAGGGAGAUUCAAAUUCUGGACUCACUCCAAUCACGCAACAACCGCAAAGAAGUAAUUGCUGCGCUUCUUGGAAUGGAAACACAUAUUGAUAUAGCAGUGAUGGAAAAUGGAAUGCAAGGAAGUAGAUGGCCGGACACUCAAGUGGCUUCGUGGCCUAUCAAAGACUAUGAAGUGCCACAGCAAACAGAUGGCUGUUCCUGUGCUCUCUGGGUGUUGAAAUACAUCCAAUAUUGGACUGGAGUGAGAUUGUCGGCAAUAUUCAACCAGGAUGGCAUAACACAGUUCAGAAGAUGGCUUGCUGCUGCGUUGAUCAAUUCACCUCACAAUGAGUUGAAAGUUCGGAAGGCCAUACCAGCGUUUGACUUACAAGAUGAUUUAGAAGACCUCGACCUCGGAGGUGACGACGGACACAACGACAGCGGCCGAGAUGUCUCGGGAGACGAUGGUUCCGCACUAUAGUUGUGUGGUGCUAGACUUAGGGUAGAGUUAAUAGGAUCGGGCGUGGUGUGGUUUUUGCCCCGUAGACGGUUUCCACACUGUUUUCAAUUUUAUUACUUUAUCUAUACAGCGGAGAUGUAUCAAACAAUUCUUUUGGUUGUGCUACUUUAUCUAUACGGCAAAUUGCCGUAAAUUUACCUACUUUUAUCCGCAUUGAA